AUGGUUUCCCGCUGCUGGCGGUGCCCGCUGAGCGCCUGCCGGGACGAGGUGAUGCCCGGCGACAGGACGAGGAGCGAUGGCCAUAGAUUAAAACAUAAGUUUCACGUCAAUAUGAGGAACUUUUUAACGCUGAGGGUGGCAGAGCACUGGGACAGGCUGCCCACGGAAGGCAUGGAGUGUCCCUCUCUGGGGACAUUCCAAAUCCACGCGGAGCUGUUCCUGUGUCACCUGCUCCAGAGUGCAGAAGGCCGUUGCCGAGCAGGGACUUCAGGGAGCAGUGGCAGAGCUCAGGGAGGGAGUGCAGGAUGACUCAGCAGGGAGCCGUUCUUCAGGGUUACAAUAACGAACUAGUGAAAUGCAUUGAAGACUUAAGUAUGCAAAGAGAAGAACUGAACAAACAAAUCCAGCAAGCAGAAGAGGAAAGGAAUAAACUCCAACAUGAAAUCCAAGUCCUGAGUGAACAGCUGGAGCGUGUAUGUGAAAACCUAGCCCAGAAGGUGGCUUCACGGAAUGAGCUUGAUAAAAUUCUUGCUGAAACUGAAGCUGCUUACAUGAAGAUUUUGGAUAGCUCUAGAACUUUACUUAAUGUCCUGAAGAAGGAAGUGGGAAGCUUAAGGCAUUCACCAGAUCUGAAACCCAAUGUAACGUGAAACAGUCAAAUGUUUGGACUCUACAGUGCUAAAAUUCCACUGGGUGAGAAAUGGGGUUAGCCACAGAACCUUACAGCAACAGUAUAAGCAGAAAGGGAUUUUCUUCCAACCUUUCUGUAUGUUUUAUUAUUAUUACUUUUAAAUGCACUAGAAAAUAGAUUAAAUAAAGUUGCUGGUUUGCUUAAAAAAAUCUAAUUACUUAAACACUACAAAAUUAUAUUGCAAAGAGGUAGCUGAGGCAGAUGUGAGACUGCCAGGUUUGACUGGUGAUGCUUCGAGACUUCUGAAGACAGCGAAAGAAAGGCAUGUUUUAUUGGUUGGCUUCAGAUGGCUACUGGUAGACUCCUGUUAGAAAACCAGUGGAUGCAAGUAGAUCAUAUACUGCUUUUUUUCACUUUACAAAUUGUUAGGUUUUACUGUUGGACCAAAUAGAAAUGAACUAUUUAACUUCUUCUGGGAGAUUGGAGUUCUGUCUGAUGCAUGCACAAAGACAGCCCUGGUUUACUAUCAUUUCCUAUCUGGAAUAAUGGAGGGAUAAGGUGAGGAAACAUGACUAAUGCGGAGCAUGGAGACUUAAACUGUAACACUGUGAUUCAUGCAUCUUCUGAAGCUAUUUUCAAAAGCUUUGUUUAGGAAGGAGAUGUGCUGUAGUGAAAGACAGGUUUGGUGCAAGUGCACAUGCCUCCAAAUGCAGGGCACAGUACCAGAGGCAGCUCACCAUGUAAACCUGGACCAAUAACUUGGGUAAGGAAAAGGUGACUAUUUCAGUAGUGACUGGAAGUCCUGAAAAAAUUAAUGGGGUUCAUUUAAAAAUACAGAGAUAAAUACAAGGCCAAAGAAGACAGUCCUGGCUAAAACCUAGUAAUAGAAUUUCUGAAAACCCUUUUAGUGCCUUUUAGCUCUAUGCUGAUUUAUUAAAUGUAAUAAGGUUGUAAAGAAUAGUGAACAUCCUGGAAUGGUCAGAAAUAAAUACAAAUGAAAAUGAGAAGUGGUUUGCAUCUUGUCAGGCAUUCUUACAGACGACAGUAAAGGAGAACUUAGUUUAGAGAUCAGGGAGGACAGCAAGGCAGAAAUCUUGAUGUAAUCCUGUUUCCUAUUUCUGGUGAACCUCUCUGUAGUUAUGUGCUUGUACAUACACAUGCAUUUUGUCCUGCACAUUUUGUGUUACAGCAGUAACUUUUAAGCUGUAUCUUGUAGUCAAAUCUUCAUUCAAUACCAGUUAAUUAAAUUGAAAGAAGUGCAGUUGUGAUCUCCUUACUUGAUAACAGUGUGUCUCUCAGGUGCAAGUACAGAGGGUAAUGUAGGUGUGAAUACUUUCAGUAAUCGCUCGUCACCAAUCAAAGGAAACAAAUUUUAUGUUCUUCCAGUUGCCAUGCUACAUCAGGGAUUAGUGUGACCAAGCUAAUCACAGUUUACUUGUAUGGCAUUUCCACUGGCUUUCCUGGGGUAAUGCUGAGGUGAUAAAAUUAGAUAAUCUCAGGGGUACUGCUGUUGUUGUAGUACCACAGCAUUCAGGACCCCCUUGUUUGUGUUACACAAAAAUUGUGCUAUGUUUAGUAGCAAAAAAAGUGAUUUAUUUGACUGAAUGUUUUAUGACAUUAUCUUUCCUUAGAAUGAUAGUAGUAACUGAUUUACAACAAAAUAGGAAGACUCAGGAAAAAGUAUAACUAAAGAAUAGGAACUUUCAGUUGCAUAUGUAAACUGCUGUUGCUGUCAGCAAGGUAACUGAAAAUUGUCUGUGAAAAAGAAUUUGUAUCAUGGAAAAUUCAUUUAUAGAGAACAGCACAAUUUAUUUCUUUCAUUAGUCUCACACAGUAAUUACAGGUUUCUUUGCCUUAGAACAAUCAUAAAUAACACCUCUUGUUCUACUGAGGCUGUUAAAGCUAAAGUUUUAAAAGAAGUCGUAUAAGUCUUUAAAGAAGUCUACUCAUAGCCAUUAUUGCAUAUAAUUGUAGCUAUUACAAUGUCAAAACUAACAUACUGGAGAUACUUGAAUUUUUUGUUACAAAGCUAGGGGGAAAACAUAACUGCUGGCUAGUAAUGUAGCUGCUGGGGCCUCCCAACAUUCAAAUAAAAAAUUAAAAUGUUGUUAGAAUUCCAUCAGUGAUCCCAAUCUGUAAAAUUUCAUUUAAAAUUAAACUUAAAAAUGAGGAGAAAUAAUAUGUAUCUCUAGGGCUUGCCUAUUUGUAGAAUAACUACAGUGUUAUGUGGGAGUCAUUCCACACCUGCAGAGUUGUUACUCAAAAAUAGCACCAUUAUAUUCUGUAUUGACCGAAAUGAACUUACUGUAUCCUUUUAUUGAAGUGCUAAACCUUUUUCACUGUUUUUUCAGGUAGUAUAAAUCUUGACAGAAAUAGUUUUUGUUAAACAGCUUCAAUUUGUUUAAAGUAGGAGACUCGUAAAGUCAAUUGGUACACAGUAUUGCCGGAAGAGAAAUGAUAAUGUGCAGAUUGCAGCAGCUCUGUAGGGCUGGCCUGCAACAGAAAGUUUACCUGAAAUAAGGUAGGCUGUAAAUGAUGCUUAAAGCAUCGUACUUAUUCCUGACUUAAGUUUUGUAUCGAAUUUAUGUGACUGUCUGGGUUAGAUUUGAUGCUUUACUUGAGUGAUUACAAUCUAGGAGCCUUAAUGGCAAAAGUUGGGUUCCCAAAUUCAAGUGCCUAAUCUAAAGGGCUGUGUUGGGUGUCUUGUAUCUUACUUGAUACGUGAGGAGAUGUGGUUUUUGAUACUCGUACCUGUGCUUCAUUCAGAGAUCUAGUGAAAUGCACGUUGUAAAAGGCCUUGCAUUUAUGUAGAGGCACCUCUGCCUGGUUUCCAAGUAACAACAUAACGAUAUGGUGAUUCCCAGCUUUUAUAGCAAUGCUUCUUAAAUAUGGACCCAGCACUUAGUAACUCUAGUGAUCAACACGUUUUUGAAAAUAUUUGACUGGUGACUUCUUCCAAGUAAACUAAGUUUAUUCUGUGUGAUAGAGUUUGGUGGUUAUCAAAGAAACUGCUCGUGGCUGGUGUGUUGAAGUAAUUUUCUGUGUGGAAGUGAUUAUAGGAGCCACUGGGUGAAAUGGUCCAACAGCCAUUCAAUAACUGUCCAAUCCAUAACCAUCUCUUUUUGUUGGUGCUUGCCCAUCAGUUCAGGUACCUCCCCACCUGCAGUUCCUGCUGAUCACCUUACAGAAAUGGAGGUGAGUGGACUGGAGUUGGCCCUAAUUUUUAGGAUAGAGAAGAAAAAGUAUGGAUGUGGAAUUGUAGUUUGGGAUGACUGGAGCACGAGGGGGUGUGACAGAAAGACAGGUGGAGUUUCUCCUAAUUUCUGUCUACUUUAAGUGUCCUUGUACUGACCUACUGCCUUCAGCUUUUGCUACCCAAUUAAUCUGAAGUUCAUCUGAACUCUGACCUUUCUUCCUUUAAGCCCGAUGACAAGUCAGCAACAGAGGCAGCCUAUGUUUUGCUUUAUCUUUCUGGCUUUUACUUCUUUCUGGCCACACCUACCUGCGUGCCCAGCUGCACAGUGGCCAGUUGCAGCAGGAAGCUGUGGAAUCUGAGCCUCCCGUUUGCUGGGUAAGUGUACUGCCAGGCUCACACAGGAUACAGUGAUAUUGUUUCCUGCCCUGGUUGCUCUCCUAUGAGCAGUCAUCAUUGAGCUGCUUGGGUUUUGUAAAGAACCCUAAAUCCUGUCUGUAUUAUGCUCUAUUACACUCUAUGUGUGAGGUUGAUCUUUGAGAAUUUUGUUAGAAGGAUGGCAGUUUUUUGGCUCUUAACUUACUGAAUGCAAGAGAUUUGUUUCCUUGGACUUGGAAUUCCUUGUGAAUUCUUCAGACUAGGAGUACUAGGCAUCUUCAAAUACCCAAAGUUGUCAAUUCAAACAAUGAAUCUUAACUCAGAUAACUUUGUCUUGGUUUGCUGUUUCAGAACUGAGUAUCUUAAUUCCAUCUAGUUCUUGUAGAAGUGUGUCCCACUCCACAUGGGUUAAGUGGAUUAAGCUAAAUUUGAACAAGGUACUUGUAAUUCUGGAAUAGGAACAUUCAGAAGAUUGUUAGCAAGAGCAUCAAAUGGCUACAGUUAACUCAUACAGAUGAGUCUUACGCAGAAGACCAGUAUCUAUGACUCCUUUGAUUUUGCUUGUUAGGAGAAAUUUGAAUGAGAAGGUAUAGCUUGUGUCAGUUGCCUUAAAUCUGAGUAGAUCCCAGGCUCCUGCAUUUUAAUGCAAGUAGACAAAACAGUUAAUUUAUGUAUUUUCCUUCUAUUCACUAGUGAGUGAAGAAGUAUCAAUAGAUGCUUUAAUGUUGAUUUGUUUGUCUGUGUAUUGCUGGGUUUUUUUGAUGUGUGGAUAGGCAAGUUUUACUAAAAUUAGAGUGCUUUUUUAGCUUCACUUUUAAUCUAUGUGUGUGUUUUUAAAUACAGAUAUAAAUAUUUUCUUUUUUCCUCCUGGGGGAAGGACAGACUAGCCUUUGGUUUAGUUUGUGCACCAAUUGCUUUGUCAGUGUCUAUUUUAUUACUGGUGGGGAGUCAGGUACCGUGUCUGCUUCUUGGGUGUCUCUUCCAUGUCUUCUUUAAACUGGGAGUGGAGUUUUUUUGUUCUUUGUCCCUUAACUGCUUAUAAAUCUGUCUUUAAUUUGUUGCCCUGGAGUAGUCCUUGAUUGUGGUCUGCCUAAGUUGGCUUUCAGAUGAAGUUUUGUUCACCAUUUAGCUGUAAAAUCCAUCUACUUGCAUGUUGCUAAUAAAACAUGGAGAGGUUCUGGCUUGCAGAAAAGGGAGCUAUAUCUUAUUUGGUCACUCAUGGCUUUAGCCUGUGGGAUUUAUGUGAAGAGUGGUUCAGUGUUAUAAUUUGAUUAUACAAAAAUAUGGUGUUAGUAGAAGUGAGGCUACUAGAACACUUCUAUUUUGUAGUGGUUUCAAAAGUAGUUUAACGAGAUCUUGUGGGGUGGAACAAUCUGGGGUUUCUGUCUAUUUGUGCAAGACUAUGGAUAUGCUGCAGUAACUACUACAGAAAAUCAGUAAAUUUUAUUACGACCUUGGAUAUCUUAGCAGCAGCAUUGAAAAUAAUGGUGUAAAAUCUUAGCAUUUUGAUUGUAGCAAACCUGUUGUUUGCUACAUGAUUCGAAGCUGGUAAUAUUUGCAAGUAUGCUUCAUUUGAACAUCAUAAAUGGGAAAAUUUAACUUUUGGAAUAGAAUUUAUCUGUAUUAGGUGACACCUGUAGACAGAGAUCACGUUCAAGAAAAGGCAUUUGAUAAAAGUCCUGUCAGUCUUCCCGUCGCAGCAAGAUUGAUCAUGAGUUGUCUGAUUGUGAUGGGAGCUUCAGGUUCUCUCACACCUCACUUUUGGGCCUGUGAGGUUCCAUGGGAUGGCUUCUCCUCUCCUCACCAACACUCCUGUGUAGAGUACGUGUUCUUGGCUCUGAAGGACUUAGAACAGGGUUGAGUGUUCUCAUUUAUUGUCUUUUAUGAGGUAGACACACAGCUUCCUGCCCAGCCCAAAUCAAGACCACAGGAGUGUUAGGUAGAGACUGUAAAACAGAGUAAGAAGGAGGAUGAACAAGUGUUCAACACUUACUUGGAAAAAUGUAUAAGAUUAUGAUACCUAAUAGACAGGUCACAAAGCAUUUUAAAGUUAAAUCUUCAUAGGUGUUAUUUUUUGAGCUUCAUAUACAUAGAUUCUCCUGCUUCAGUGAGAGCUCCUGUAAUGCACUUGAAGUUUUCCAUUGAUUUCUGGUAUAAUAUGGGAACGCUUCUAGAAAAUUAUUUACAUCAUAGUCCAUGACAGAUUUGUAACUUCAUUUCUUUUUUAAAACCACUUCAUAUAAUUGAUUUAGUUGAACUUAGUAAAAAAAUACCAUAUUUCUUUCUUAAAGGCUUUCAAAUCUCCCUCCCUGUGUUCAGAAGUAGAUCAAAGUAUUAUCUGUAGUAUUCUUUUUUGUUGUUAUAUGGUUAUUAACAAGUUGAUAACAGCUUGGAAACCCAUUCUGAUCAGGCAUGUCUGUCAGUUCCAAAUACAAAAUCCUUCUCAUAUUCUGCAAGCUUGAAUUUUUUUAAAGCCUCUUUUUCCUUAUACAGUAAGAACACUUUGAGUUGAAUAUCAGCAUGACUGUUGGACUCAUGCAGUAAAUUGUUUUUUAAUAUAGUUAGUAUUAAGGGCUGAAUUAUGCUCUAUCAGGUGUUUGAAAACAAAAAAAACUAACAGUAAUUCUUCAUAUGCUUAUGCAGCUGUUCAAUAACAGAAAUCCUGUUUGACAUUUGUGUUUCUUGUAGCCUGAUAGUAAAUGGAAUUAUUUGCUAGAACUGAUGAACCCAGGGUACUUUUUAUUACAUACUGGUCCUUCUUCAAGUAUUGUUGCUAGGAUGAAGGGAAUGGAUACUUCUUCCCAGGGGGGUGUGAGGCAAAAGAGGAGCUGCCUUUUUAGUAGAGACCACCCAUCUGUGGAAACAGAAGCAUCUUUGUUAGCCUGGUUCAUGGUGUGGUGCAUGUGAGACAAUUCAAACAAACUGCUUAGGAAGGUCAUAUUUUAGUGUUGCAAGGUGCACUGAAGCAAGCUGCAAGAAAGAAAACCCAGUCCGUGCUUCAGUCAAGGAAUGCGAUAGCUGAUCACAACCAGGUUAUCUUUAAAUGCAGAAGCUCAGGAAUGACUGGAAGCAGUGUAGCUGCUGCAGAACUGGGCUCAGCAAGGGAUGUUUUGCCCUGAAAAAAAAGAGUUGACCAUGUGGGACACACGAAAUCUGGUACACUCCAGAGUCACUGGGCUUGUUAGAAAAGUGUAACCUCUUCCUGUUCUUGAACUCUGGGAAUUCUGUGUUUUAGUGACAUGCAAUAUGAGAUGUGACUCCAUGAGAAGGAUAUUGAUUUUAAAUCCUGUUCCCUUUAGUGUUUUUUUUCUCUGAAGCCUGAAGUGUUGCUUUAGAUUCAAGUUGUUCAAAUACCUAUGACCAAAAAUACAGAUGCCCAAGUUCCACUGAAGCCCACAAACUUGUAAAUGGUUUGUAUUCACCAUGUUGUACACCAAGAUCCUGGUCAAACGCAGUCUAAUCCUUCAGUCAAGUUGCAAAUUUUGUGGCUCCCCUUAGUAGCUGAAAUGAUUUGCAAGAAGUGUUGCUUGCUCAGUUUGGAAUGUACUUUUGGUUUUUUGUUUGUUUGUUUUUUAAUGCAGUAUUUCACUGAGGCCUCCCCGGCACUCUGCCAUACACAUUCAUGUUGUGCAUGUGAAUAUGUUUUCUUUGGGAAUGUCAGAUGGAAACUACCUGUACAGCAGCAAUUUAAUUGAAACAAGAUUUGGGUUUAUGCCAUGAUUUUGUUUUUAGCAGUUUUAAAAUGAUGCAUAUAUAAAUAUAUAUAUAUAUAUAUUUAUGUAGGAUAUAAACAAAGGCUUCCAUGAACAGAUCAGAGAAUACCCUACAGAGAAUGUUAAUAUCUUUAUCCCCCUUGAUAGACAGUGACAAGCAGUAGUAAUCUGCCUCAAAUCAGGGACAGAUCUGGGAAUGGAGACUUUGCUUUUUCAGCCUCAACUGAAUGCUCUGACUUGGACUGCUUCCCAGGGAGUCAUGUCCUGUUUGGUGUUUUGUCAUAAACCAGUGGGAUUAUGCAUUCCCAACCUGUGUGUUGGGGGAAGGGAUGGCUAUAACUGAUGAGAUGCAUAUUCUUUUGCUGUUGCUCACUCCACAUUGCAUGCAGCAUCAUGACGUUGUUUAGAAGUGUUACUCCUUUCUCCAUGGGUGCAUUCUGCAUGACAAAGCAUCCCAGCUCCAGUGGCCAUUCUCACAUUCUCUCCAAGUCCCUUCUCAUAUGUGUUUGGGACCUGAGUGCAGGAGGUCACAGGAACAGAAAGAACUUUCAAUGAUAGUUGGUAAUUAAUUACAUUUCACAAGCCUAACCUUUUUCAGAUAGCCUGUUUUUAUAGACCCUGCUGUUUUAUGAGGCUUCUUAUUACCUUAUAUAAGACCACCAGGUUUUCUAAGACAUGGAGACUCCUUGGUGUUUAAAUAUAGUGGGAUGUCUGAAUUCUAGUCCAUCCAUAACAGCUUACAGACCACAUUACAGCAACAGGCUGUCAGGCAACCAUGUGCCACCACAGCUCGGUUUUGGGUUAAUGGAAUUGAAGUAGCAUGGCAAGUGAGGAACUCCAGAGAUCUGCAUGGAUAGGGCUCUCCUGUAGUAAAAAGAAGCUGGCUGUAUGAAUUUGGCUUAAAAACUACUUUAAUCUAGGAGAGGUGACACCUGACAGCAGAAUUUUAUUUCACAUAUCACAAUAAAAUAUAUUUAGAUUAAAAUGUGUACAUAAAUAUACUAAACUUUUUAAUAAGUAUAGAGAGUUCUUGGUAAAAAGCUGCCUAAUAUUUCAAUACUGUCUACCAUUACAAAAGAGAAUUUAAACAGGCUGGACAUUACCAACUUGCAUAAGGUUGUGUACCCUCUGCUUUCAGUAGCCUCCACAGUCUUGCAACUACAUAAGCCAUCAUUUGUAGCCCCAUCCUCAUCUACCUCCUGCAACUAUUUGCCUCUGUUUCCUAGCCCCUUACUUACUGUGUUUUUAAUUAUCCCAACCUGCUGAUGAGAAACACGGUGCUCUUCUGACAUGUUGUGGGUCAGAAAUAGUUUCAGUAUCUUCAUAUUGUCCAGACAUGUUCUGCCACACUUGGGAAAUUGUUUGCAAAGAUAAACAGAUUUCAUUCUCUUUGAAAGUGCCCUAAAAGUUAUGUUUGGACCGUGUGAGAAUAUUAUAUUGUAGAGAAACCACCUGAUCUGAGUUUCAUCCUAUCAAAAUCCUGUCCUAAAAAGGCUUGUAGGUUGAAGUGAUGGAUGGGAGCGUCAUGUUCCUGAUAUGCUGUGGAAACUAAAGAAGAGAAGUUUUAUUUUGUUUGUCAAUAAGAAUAUUUUUAUCCCAGAGAACACAGACUUUGCUUAUAGUUGUCUGCAGAUAAGGAAGGUUUAUAUGGGAUGCUGUAGUUUAAUUGGUACAAAGGCUGUGUUCAGAGUGACAUGAGUUUGUUACAGAAAUGUUUGCUCUGUAUUUGAGAAAAGAUUAUAACUUGAAACUAAAAAGUGGAGAAGGAAUGUGGUGCUGGACAUUGCAUAUAAUGAUCUCAUUGAGAAAGCCGUUGUAGGUCAGCUAUGUCUUCUUCAAAGCUCUGAGUGUGACCUCUGUUGCAAAAUAAUAAACGUGUGCUAAGAGGCAGUGGAGUGUGCUCACAGUAAGGCUGCUUUUAAAAAGUUAUGUCAAGUCAUCGUAUGGAUUCAGCAAUGUACUCUGCAAUCCUGCUCUGUUUUACAAAGCAGUCUAUUCCCCAGUAAGAUGCACUAGAGAUAAACAUUGCAGAUGCCUUCGAGUGCAGAGAGGAAGGAGAGGCAAUUAAAAGUCUGCAUGCUGUGAAAUCUCUGGGUACCAACAGUGUCUGCACAGAGCUUUAAAAUGUUUUAAGGAACAAUUGGUUUUCCUACUGUCUGAGGUGACUGAAUGCAAACAGUUUCUGAAAGAGGACAGUAGCUCAGUUAUUUUCACACUGCCUGAAGUCCUGGUUUGCAUAAAGGUUUCUGUUUUUAUUUACUGAUAGCAAAGUCUUGGUGACAAACUGGCUCCUCUAGAUCAGACAAAUUCUGUUUUCUUUUAUUAGAGUGCAUAAUUUCAUUUCUGAUAAUCAAAGAGCAGAUUUCUGAUAAUGUAGUCAAACAACCCUGGGCAGGGCAUUACUGGCCUCCAUCAAAGAGGAGGAAAAGCACAAAAGGACAAAAUUGCUGAAUCAAGUGGGGUUCCUUCAAGAGUAGCAACGGGAGAGGGCUCUUUUUUUUUUUUUUUUUUUUUUUUUUGAGUCAUUCCCUCCUACAUCAUUACUGGGCUGAGUAGGAAAAGAAUUUUCCUCUUUAAAGGUAUAAAGAAUAAUAAGUGGGGUAAUUUGCUGCAAGAAAAGCCAAUUCCACAUGGGAGGCAGCUAAAGCUGCCCCAUGGGAGCAUUAUUUUUUCCUUCAGAAAAAUUUUCAUAAUGCAAAUUCUAAAAGCCAGCAGCCACUGAAGGGAAAGGACAAACAACAAAAUGCUGUGUUUGCUUGUUGUUGCAGACCAGUUAGUCUUUCAGUAACUUCACUCCUAUGUGCAAUUUCUUGGUUGCAAGUACUGCUUCUCAAAAACAUGGAUUUUUGGUCUCAGACCUGUUAGUCCAAAAUCUUUUUUUUUUAAUUAUUUUAGAUAAGCCUAGUAAAGCUGUACAAAUUACUGCUUAUAUAGGUAUGACAUUUGUCUAUAACUGUUAGUUAAAAGACCUUUUCACUGGCUUGGUAUGCCAUGUAUUAUUACACUACCUGUUAUACCACUGGUGUAGCUGGAGUAAAGCUUUGUUCUCAGACAUUAAGAUGACCUUUUAACUUAGAUUAACUGAUAAUGUAUUUUAUAGUUUCAGGUGUUGGCAAAGUCAGAAGCAAACAAACACAGUGAAGUGUCUCUUGACUUGUGGACUUAGUCAUCCCAUAUUGCCUUACAUGAACAUUUUUCUUUUAAAUAACCUCUGCAUUUGGUUCUUUGGUGGAACAGCACAGCCAAAUGUUUUAAAGAGGUAGCAAAAACCAUAGAAUCAUUCAAGUUGGAAAGAACGUCCAAGAUUAUCAUGGCCAGCACUGCCAAGUCCACCCCUAAACGAUGUCCCCAGGAGCCACAUCUACACAUCUUUUAAAUACCUGUAGGGUUGAUGACUUAACUACUUCCCUGGGCUGGCCAUUCUAAUGCCUGACCACCCUUUGAGUGAUGAAAUGUUUUUUAAUCCCUAACCUACACCUCCCCUGGCACAACUUGAGGCUUCUUUCACUGUCACUUGUCACUUGGGACAAAAGACCUCCCCCACCUUGCUACACCAUCCUGUCAGGCUUUGUGGAGAGCAGUUAGGUCUCUCCUGAGCCUCCUUUUCUCCAGGCUAAGCACCCCCAGCUCCUUCAGCUGCUCCUCAUCAGCCUUGUGCUCCAGACCCUUCACCAUCUUUGCUGCCCUUCUCUGAACACACUCCAGCACCUCAAUGUCUUUCUUGUAGAGAGAGGCCCAGAACUGAGCACAGGAUUCAAGGUCAUUUGCCUUGAAUCAUUUCCUGAAUAAUCUCAUCCAGGGGAGAUUUUAAGUGUGGUACCUGUUUACAGCCUGGAUGCUCAGAGCACAGCCCAGCCUCCAUUUCUCAAGCCCAUCAUUCCCGCAGUACAUGAGCAAGCUAGUUGGUUUUGCAAGGACUGUGGAACAAGGGUACAUCUUGUGGGUGCUGGGAGACAGCAGGUGAUGAAAUAAAUGAAGAUAAUGUCCACCAUAACAAAAUGCCCCAGGUGGGCUCAUCUUGAGGCACUCAGGAGGACUGGGAAGCCUCUUCUCUGUUUCCACUCUGUGUGAAAUGUAACUGAAAUAAAUAUAUGUGUGUGGGUGGGUGUGCUGCUGGAGCCACUUGAUGCUACACUGGGAGUGUUACAUCAGAAAGUUAUGAUGUAAUUUGUAAUUAAAAUAAUCUCAUUUGCAAGAGCACAAAGCCCCUAAAACUAAACAAAGUAAUGCAGUGUUAUGGACUUUGAGUGUAAACUUCAGCUCUGUUUUUAUGGGAGCAAAAAAAGUAACAAAACUAAUUUUAAAAUUCUGAAAUGCAUUUUGAGAUAAUACUAAGAAUUAGCAAGUGCCCAUGGAUUUUAUACCACAAGCCUCACUGAAAGUUUGUGGGUCUUGUGCUCUGCUUGCUAUUGCUCUGGAUUUUAAUAUUCACUGAUUCUUGGUGUGUUUCUCAAUAGCCUGGCUCCUGCAGUCAAGGCAUUUUCUUCGUCCUCCUUCCCCACCCUUUGCAGCUACUUUUCUAUUUCUUGUAAGGAAAAGACUGAAAGCACAAAAGCAAGUAAAAAGGCUGAGAAAUGCAAAUAUAAAUAAUUCUAGAUCUUUUUCAUGACUUAACAAUGGUCUCACACUUUGUGCUUGGCCUCACACGUCUUUUUCGAUGUCAGAAGCUGGUCAUAUUGAAGAUUUCACACCAUUUUACACUUCAGUCAAGUCAGGUGCAAUUAUGAUGGCUUUAAGAAAGGCAUUUGUAAUCUGUGGCUGUAGAUGCUGUAGGACAGAACUUGCUUUCUCUAUGUGUAUAUUUAAAUUCCUCUCUUACUGUCCUUACCAACUUCACUCAGCUUUCUGUAGUCACUGUGUAUUAGUCAGAACUGUCAAGGAAGCUCCUUCUGGUCCAGCCCCAACAUGAUCUGCAGGAAUCAAGGAGCAAGGUCUGGUUUGGAAACUGAGUUCUGGAGCUUCCAGGCCAGCAGGAGCUGGAAGCCCUGUGGGAUGGCAGGGGAGGGAGGGCUGCUGACUCCUGGGAGAGAGUGCAUGCAGCAGCAGUACAUGGCUUGUCUGCCAGGAGGAGUAUCAGCCUGCCAUGAUGCCUCCCAGAAUCAGGAACAUUAGAGGAAUAAGUAAUUUCAGAGCUGAAAGAGGGUCUGGGGGAUCUUCUAACAUCACAGUAUACUCAGCUCCUGCAAAUGAGUACAGGAAAGGUGAAUGGGAGGAUGACUGAACCAGAAGGGUUUUGUAGUACUGGCAGAGCUUUGGAGUCUGAAGGACCAAAAAUAUGAUCACACCAUUUAGCUGGAGACUGAAGAUGGGAUUCAGAAACAGAGCAAUUUAUCAGUCUGAAGCUAAAGAUAGAAGUAAAUAUGCUGUAUAAAGGGCAGAGUGAAGACAUUUUAGGAAAACUAACAAGAGAGGAUAAGCAGCUGACAACAUCCAGAGGAAUUUUCCUGAGAGGAAAAUGUCAGAACUGCCAGAAUUGUCUAAUUUUUCAGAUUUUUUUUUUGUUAAAACAUACCGAUUUAAUAUCUAACAUGAAUAAUUUAUCACAAUAGAAAUAAUGAAAUUCUCAGCAAAAUGAAGAGAUUUUUUUAUGCCAUUUCACAAUUAUUUUUAACAAACGCUUUUAAUUUGGCUCAAACAAUAGCAAGGAGGCUUUGUGGGUAUCAUAAUAUGCAAUCUAGACUUGAAUGAUUUGUUUCAGUCAUCACAGAGAGAGGACAAUAAGAGGAAACAUGGCAGAAAUAUAGAAAACAAUGAGUAGCACUGCACAUAAUUUAGGCUGUCAUAUUUUUAUCAUAAAUCUCCUAGUAGUUUGUGGUUUUCUUAAAGCUUCAGCUCCCAGAUUCAUGUAGUAAAUAACAUUUCAUUACACAAAAACAAGUUUCUAAUUUUUGUGGUUGCAAAGCCAAACUUAUACAAAGCAAGAAGAGGAACCAAAAUACAUCUUUUAAGAGACAAAUUUGUAAAGUUUUAACUCAGAAAGUAAAAUCUACCUUUAGGCUAAAAAGAAACCCCAAAGGCAUAAAGAUUUGAUGCUGCUCUUAAAGCUCAGGUCAGUAUUUGUAGUGCGUUGGUUGCUCAGACAGACACUACAAAGCCAUGUAUCCCGUACUUUCCUUUCCUCAGCAACAUUCUCUCCAAGCCUGGAAAACAACACACCUUUGCCCUCUGGUUUACUUGCUUUUUCCUUCAGCGGGUGCUGCGAGCCCCGCAUCUGAUUUCAGUUCUGACCUGGAAUAACUCCAGGGGCGUGCACGAAGCCAUCCCUCUUCUUCCCUCCUGAAGGGGUGGUGGCAGGGAAGAGAGUCAAGACUAUUGUUCUCCCUCCCUGUGUCCCUCCCACAGCAGCAGCCAACAUUGUUCCUUUUUAUUUACUUCCCCCUCCCCGUAAACCAGCAGGGCUCGCAGCAGCGGGAUGCAGCUCUCUUCAUUAGAAUAAUUAGGCUGAUUUAUGAGAGAGCAGCCCAGUGAAGGAGAGCUCUCCUAAUACAGUGCUCCCCUCUGGAGGCUGGGCACCCACCCAGCUGCUGGCAGCGCAGGGCUGGGCCUCCCCGCUGGCUCACGUGCUCCCCACGCAGCCACCAGGCAGGGUGGACGGCCCCCAGCUCUUCAACCUUUCACACAGGUGAAAAUGAGCAGGAAUAUGCAAUAAAGACUUUCUCCCUUCAUGUGGUAUUCUUCACAAGUUGUAUGUUCUGAGUUAAUAUUGAAAGUCUAUCUAAAGUAAUAGAGGAAGGGGAAAAAUCCCAUGUUGAACCCUCCUUAGCGUUAACUUAGUGGAAAUUUUGGUUUAUAAAAUGCUCUUCAAGCAGGUUUGCUGUGUCACUGGAACAGUGAGAACUGGUACUGCUUUGUUCCUCUCCUGCUCUGUGGAAGUUUUGCAUUACUUUUAUGAAAGGCUUACGUAUGAGGAGUUAGGAAAUUUCCUUCUUCCAGGGAAAAUGUUCUGAAUAUCCUUUGUUUAUCACAUCUCCUUAGUAUCUUCCUGGCAAAAUACAUGCCAUACGUACUUCCUGGGAAGGCCUUUCCUGCUGCACUCUGCAAGACCUGUUUAAAAUGCAUUUAGAAUGCACAGACAUAUCAGAAAAGACAGCUUUUAAAAAUGUCUUAUGCAAGCAAACAAAAAAAUAAAAUACCAUUGGUAAUUCUGCCAAUUCAGUUGUAUUUCUGCCAGGCACCAGAAUCAAACACCAAACUGGCAGAAGUUGCCAGCAGCCUGCAUUUCCCAGUGCGAUGUUUGUGGUCACCUUUAUGGAAAAAACAAAACAAAAUAAAACAACACACAAAAAACCCAAAACAAAACAAAAACACGCAAAAAACCCCAACACUAGUCUUUGCUAACAGGAUGAGAUCUGUAAUGCCUGAAGGGCAAUUAAAUCUUUUUGCCAUCACCACUGAAGUCUGUAAGAACAUUUUUUGUUUGGGAGAAGAUUGAAGCCAGAGUUUGAAGAGCAGUUAUUCAUGUUCAAUAGCCCUUCACCUUGCAAUGUCCGUGAAGAUUCUCAGGGAACCCAAGGAGCUGCCAGUAGAAUUGAAAGCUGCCAGAGAAUCGAAAGCAUUAGAAGAAUGAAGUGUAUGUUACCAACUGACACGAAAAAUCUUACUGCAGUUGUAAUUGCCUGUAACAAAAUGCCUUAUACCACCCUAGGAAAAAGCAUAUCUGCAUCCAACAUUUUUUGCCACCUUCACAGUGUCUCAAAUGCUCCUGAUACACUCUCAGCUGGACGCGUUUGCCUGUGUCUUUUGCAUACAUAGAAAAGCAGUGCACAUCCCAGUUCCAUCCAUCCCAUUCCCUCGUGCAAAGCCUCAGUGUAUUUUUGGCUUAUCAGACUGGCAAUUCUGACUGGCACAAAGUUGAUCUAUGUGGCAAUACACCCUCUUUUUACAGACUUGCAUUCCAGGAACUGAGCAAGAACAUUCCUCUUCAUUUUGUAAGGCAGGAGAGGCGCAGGGAGGGCAAACCUCUGAGACCUGGUGCUGCACUUCAGAGACAGAAGAAAAGCUUUGGUGCUUAUGGAUUCCUUAUUACUCUGUGUUCACCAGGAAACAGAAUCCAAAAACCUAUCCAAGCCACAGCUUUAUUGUUCAGAGGUCACUGCUUUGAUAGGUAAAUAACAACCUAAUUUUUUGUGCCACCAGACACAGUGAUUUCUCUGAUGUACCUUAGGGCAUUCCAUGGGAAGCUCUUCUUCCCAUGAGAAGAGCUCAGUGUUGCUGUGUGCAAGGGCAAUCCAUGGGGAAGAGACACAACUAUGGAGAAAUGGUUAAUACGCUGUGAGUGUGCCUCUCUCCUAAACAAUCAUACUGUACUUGCUUCUUAAAAUUGCUGCCUUGGGGAGGUAAAGAAUUACCAUUGCCAUAAACCGUAAUCAGGAUCAGAUGUGCAAAGGGAAAGGCCUUGCUCAAAUAUCAAAGGGGUCCUAAACUGCCAAAACAGAGCAAGAGAGAGAAAUCCUGAGGGAAUUAGAGAUGUAAUUUAUGACUGACCUUCACUUUAACUGGAAAAUGCGUGCUCUUGAAUGGCAAUGUGAAUGCAUGUUUUGUUUUGUUCCAGUUUAUUGGGAGUCUUUGCUGCAGCAGUAUUGAUCUAAGCUCCCAAACAAUGAGCCAGGGACAAGGAAUCAAAUAUGCAUUCCAGAAACAUUUUUCUGCACUGAACUCGUCUCAGCAGUGACAGUGCCCAGCUUGUCAUCCCCUCUGCCACGGCACUGCCUUCCAGGGCUCACUUCUUUGUGUUGCGUCACUUUCUGCAUUCUCAAUACCCAGUUGUCUGGGGAAAAAACAAAAUAACUACUCUUCAAGGGGAUUUUUGCUGCCACAGGAGCAGUUGAUGUCUGGAUGAGCUCUAAAAUGUUCAAGCCGUACAAGAAAAAACAGACAUACUAAGUCUUUGCACCAAAUAUAAAACAACAGCACCGUGGUGUGUCAGCCUUGUAUGUGCUGCCUCCCUUUCUGAAUUUCACAGGGUAACAUUUGGGGACCUGCUAUGCUUCAAAAAAGAUUAAAAUCUGGUUCCAAACUUAUCUUUGUAAUGAACCCAAACUACACACUGAACUUGGGGAAAUUCAGAUCCACAUUUCCAGCUGUAUUUCAUGGCUCAAUUCCAGCCACCGUUUAAAACAAAGAUGUUUAGCUGCUGUCAGCUGAAGUACCAUACUGGAUUCCCUUGGCUUUCCAUCAGAUAGGCUGUAUUAAAGCAAAUACUCAUUUUCAUCAUCUCAGAAUUAUGUUCUGAAUUAUUUUUAAUUUCCAGUUAAACAUUUGUAUGAAAAAGCUUAUUUUCUAAAUUCUGCCUUACACUGAACAUGAACUACAGGAAUGGGAGUGCUUACCAGGGACCAUGAAAAGAACAGGCUGUCAGGAAAGCCUGGAGAGUUGUCCGUUCUGAAGAAACCUCUCACCAAGGUGUUAGCUGUUUGUAAAUUACACUUCUUGUCUGAUAAUCAGAAAAAGAUAAUCUGCCAUACAUGUCACAACUACUUCACAGUUUCCCCUCUCAGCUUCCUCUGUGAACAGCUGUCGAUAUGUGUAUGAAACUAACUUAAAACCCCCAACAGAUAGGCUUGAUGGCUGAUUUAAACAAAAAGUGACCUUUAAAUGGAGCUUUUUCAGGUAAAACCCCCUUUGGAGUUAAUUGGAUGGGAGUUAUUCGGGUUAUUUUUCAUCAUUGCAACAUGUUGUUCUGCCACACAAAAUAUGUCCAUUUUCAGUAAAUAAAGAGAUAUCUGCAACAAAUUAACUUCAGGGUUUUGGAAACACAGAUGGUAUUUUUUGCACUUUCCCAAAGGGCUACAUUUGCUCUAGAAAAAGCAGAUAUUUUAGCUAUUCUGUUAUUUUUAGGAGUUUGUUCAUCUCCAUAAUUUCCACUUCACUAAGAAGAGAUAAAAUCUGAUUUACCGUUCAUCUGCUACCAAGCAGGGAGAUUAAACAAUUUAUUUUGUCACUCGCGCUGUGUUUCUGCCGCUUCGGGCAUUUCAUUUUAAAACCCGAUAUGUUUGUAAGAGGAGCCAUGGAGAUUCUGUGCUCGACAGGGAAGGCUCAGCCUUCGGUACAUCUCGGGAAGGCAGGAACGGCCCGGAGCUGAGCCGGGAUAGCUCCGUCCCGGACCCGGACCCGGACCCGCCGGCUCGCCCGGACCGCCAGGAGGGGGCGGUCCUGGAUUUGGGAAAAUAAACGUGAAGCAUUUCAGAGCA